AUGACCCCGCAGCACGACGGCUCGAACGCUUUCGCGGCCAGCCCCUACUCGCUCUACACCAGCCACGCCGCCUUCUCCUCCGGCUCCAGGAUCCAGGUCAGAAUCGUGGGCACGUACGAGGGCUUCCUGCUGCAGGCGCGGGUCACCAACACCACGACGGUCGUGGGCAGCUGGGACACCCCGCCCCAUGGGACUCGACACCUCCUGGGUGACGGCUUCGGGUCUUCGAGUGCACAACAGCAACCGGAGCCGUUCAGGGCAGUGGCAUCACCCAGUAAUGCCACUACACAUACAAUAAAUAGAUCGCUGCAAUCGCGGGACGGGAUUGAGAGUUUCGCGAGGGACAGGAGGGCGAGGGAGAGCCACCGUCUCUGUCGUGUCGCGCAGUGCACGACCCUCGACGGCGCGGUGACUCACUCGAGCAAGGUGGACAAGCACGACCAGAACUUCACGUGGAUUGCCCCCGCGUCCAGCCCGGCCGGCUCCAUACAGUUUGUGGCGACCGUGAUCAAGGAAAAGCUGGAGUGGCAGAUGAACGUGACGUCAUCCAUCAUCACAACUACAGGCUACGUCGCACCUUCCAAGGCGCCAGCUAAAACCACCACCAAGAAAACCACCACCGAGAAGCCUGGCAGCUCAGCUGACUGCCUGGCUGCCCCGGUGUUGUGGCUGACCCUGGGUGCUUUGCUCACAGCCGCCACAGCUGCGUGUGGCGUUUAAUCCGGGAGAUGCGGUCAGAGAGUGUGAGAGUGAGAGGAGAGAGUCCCAUGAUGGAAGCUGUCACACACUCUCACAUCACGUCACAAUGCUGGUGAAACCACACACGCCACAACGCAGAUGAUACUCACCGCACCACACCGCAAACAACCGCCAAGCACACACCGCAAUGCAGCCAACAUUAAACAUCAGCUGCUCAACGCCAGCUACUCACCACCUGCGUGUGUCUCCACGCAACUCUCGUUCUGGUUUCUAUAUAGGUCUGUGGGUAUCGCCUGCUGGGUGGUGGUGGUCGUGGUCGUGGUGGUCGUGGUGCUUUGCCCGUAGAUUCCUUUUUGCCGUUCGUCUGCUUCGCGUCCCCAUCUUCUGCAGGGGUCGCCUCUAGCGACACGAGAGUUCCCUCUGCACCACACUCCGACAAACGCGACACACGUGCGCGUCUGUCUGUCUGUGUGUGUGUCU